CCCUUUUUCCCCCAGUGACGCGAACAAGAUGAACAACAUCAAUAUCGUGUGCCUGGGUGGCGCGAGCGAAGUGGGUCGUUCGUGCGUGAUUAUAGAAAGUGCGAACAGGUCAAUCAUGUUGGAUUGUGGAAUUCACCCUGCCUUUAUGGGGAUCGGAUGUUUACCCAUCUAUGACGCGUACGACAUUUCGAAGGUAGACUUGUGUUUAAUAACACAUUUUCACAUGGAUCACAGUGGUGCUUUACCGUACCUAGUUAACAGAACUCGUUUUAAAGGAAAGGUAUAUAUGACCGAGGCCACGAAAAGUAUUUGCUAUUUAUUAUGGAACGACUAUGCACGAAUUGAAAAAUGUAUGCACAUGAUGAAUAAGAUGAAAGGAAGUCGAAAUAAAAAUGAACCGGGUGAAAAUGAAACGGACGAGUAUGGGAAUAAAGUGAAAAGGGGAGGACCAUACUCCAGUGAUGAGUAUGGAAGUGAAGACAAUGACGACGAUGAUUAUUACCAAAGUUACAUUUGCGAAAUGGGAGAUGGAGAUAUAAAGCAUAAUGUACUGUAUGACGAAAAUGAUAUCAAUGCAGCGAUGAAAAUGAUAGAAACCUUGAAUUUUCACGAACACAUAGAAUUUGAGGAUGUAAAAUUUACAGCAUAUAGAGCAGGACACGUCAUCGGUGCAUGCAUGUUUUUAGUGGAAAUAAAUAACAUACGUUUUUUGUACACAGGAGAUUAUAGCAGGGAAGUGGAUAGACACAUUCCCAUAGCAGAGAUCCCAACAAUCGAUGUGCACGUGUUGAUUUGCGAAGGAACAUAUGGAAUAAAAGUGCAUGACGAUAGAAAAAAAAGGGAAGUUCGCUUCCUUAACAUGAUUACGAGUAUAUUAAAUAAUAAAGGGAAAGUGUUACUCCCGGUGUUUGCCUUAGGGAGGGCUCAAGAAUUGCUACUAAUUAUGGAGGAACAUUGGGAAAGAAAUACACAGUUGCAGAAAAUCCCCAUCUUUUACAUUUCGUCAAUGGCUACCAAAUCGUUAUGUAUAUAUGAGACAUUCAUAAAUUUGUGUGGAGAUUUUGUACGUCAUGUACUUAAUGAAGGAAAAAAUCCUUUUAAUUUUAAGUUCGUAAAGUAUGCGAAAUCGUUGGACUCCAUUUUGAAUUAUUUAUAUCAAGAUAAUAAUCCGUGUGUUGUUAUGGCUUCGCCUGGUAUGCUACAGAAUGGAAUUUCGAAAAAUAUUUUUAAUAUCAUUGCACCUGAUAAAAAAAGUGGAGUUAUCCUUACUGGGUAUACAGUCAAGGGGACCUUGGCUGAUGAGUUAAAAACUGAACCGGAGUAUGUCCUCAUUAACGAUAAACUUGUUAAGAGGAGGUGCCGCUUCGAAGAAAUUUCCUUCAGUGCUCAUUCUGAUUUUAAUCAAACCAAAACGUUUAUUGAAAAGUUGAAGUGUCCAAAUGUGGUUCUUGUGCACGGGGAUAGGAAUGAAUUGAACAGACUGAAAAAUAAGCUAACUGAGGAGAAAAAAUAUCUGUCUGUUUUUACGCCCGAGUUGCUGCAGAGGCUGACUUUUCGCUUUGAGCACAGUGACCACGUGGUGUCUCUUGGUCGGCUUUCCCACCAUAUUAGGUAUCUGGCUCGGCGCAGGGAGGGGUUACAAGGGGAAAAAUCGGAUGCAGUGGAUGAAGCAAACGUGGUGGGUGACGGCAAUCGGGGGGAUGCAACCGCGGAGAAAAAAAAUGAACAGUCGGGGGAAUAUCCCCCCCCUGAGGGAAGUACCAACCAAGAGGAUGAAAAAGGAAGCGACAGAAAUGGAGAGGAGAAAACAAUUCCCAACGGAGUGGAUGCCAUAAUCAUCUCGGAGCCGAAGGCCAUCCCGAUUAUGAUUUACGCCAAGGACAUUUAUGAGUAUACAAAUUUGAAGACUGCACUGAUCGAUCAGACGAUUAGCAUAAAAUUCCCCUACAAGUUCGAGCUGCUGUAUCAUAUGUUGAGGGGGGUAUACGAGGAAACGCAUAUGGAGGGUGAGGGGGGCGGUGGUAGGAAUGAUAGUGACAGUGGCAGUGGUGGCAGUGGUGGCAGUGUCAAUGGUGACAACGGCGGAGCGGUCAUCUUCGUGCAGGACGUAAAAAUCCAGCACUGCAGCGCAGAGAAGGUCAUAAGGAUUAACUGGCUUUCAAGUCCAGUGAACGACCUAGUCGCGGACAGCGUCAAUUUUCUAAUUCUAGAAUUUCUCGACACCAUGAAGAAUAACAACCACCUACUCAUCUGCAACGAAGUAACAGAUGACGAGAUUUAUGAAAUGAUAAUUUCGUACGUCCAGGAAAAUUAUACCAAUGUGGAGAGAUUUUCCAAAGUGGAGUUGAAAAGGUUCCUUUUGCAAAAUAGCAGUGAAAGUCCCGAGAAGGAAAAAAACGAAGAAGUAAACGAUGCAUACACAAAUGGGAUGGCUAAUUUGAAGAAUGACCAAUCGUGUUCAUCUGACAAGGUGAACCAAAUCGAUCAUAACAGAAUGGAAGAACAGGUUGAUGUACACGAGGAUCAUGAUGAACAAAGCGGGCAAAGAGACAAAAUGAAGAAUUUCCGCUCCCUUGAUAAAAUAUUAUUUGACUAUAUUGCAGCAGAUGCUAGUUUAGCAAUAUCCACUGAUGAGGAGGAACCCGUUGUGCGUGUUCUCAAUGGGGGGAUGCUUUAUGAAAUACUGAAGUUUGAGGUAAAGGAUAAUAACAACAACGACGUUAAUGUGUACGUCGAUAUAGACAACCGGGAAGUCAUCUGUGAAGAAGUUACAAUUUUGUUAAAAAUUAAAGAAAUUUUAAAAAAUAUAGAGGAGUCCCUAUUGCCCAUGUGCUUUUA